GUUUCAAGUGUUUCAUGAUUUAAGCCGCAAUGUCUUCAUCUCUCUUCAGCGAUUCCAGACGAAAUUCACUUUUGGUGUGUCCUUUAUGUGACGAGGGUUUGAAAAAUCCAAGCACUCUGCCAUGUUCUCACAUAUUCUGCGAAUCAUGCAUCAAGGCUUACGUCACGGGAUUUUCUCAAAACGGAAGGCUUCCGAACAUCGAGGUUCCAUGUCCGGUAUGCAGGGAACCCAUUCCACUCUUAGAAGAUUUUCUUUCGUCUGUGUCAUUGUCUCACAGGUCCAAAAGAAAUUCGUCCUCUUACAACGACCUUCUGGAUUUGCCUCAAAGGUCUUCGAGGUUAAGUCCUCGUUCAGGUAUGCUUGGUUCACAAAGUGCUCAUAACACUAUGCAGCUUCCCAACCUUCAGAUUUCUCCGCGUCCGUUUACGUCCUUCAUGGACAAAACUUUCCAGAUGAGAUUUUGCGAGCCUUGUCAAGGUAAAGAAGAACCCCUCAAGGCCGCGUCUCACUGGUGCAUUUACUGCCAGGAAGGACUGUGUGCAUUCUGCAUCGACCAACAUAAAAGCAUGAAGCUUUUAAAAGAUCAUGAGAUUGUGGACAUAUUUUCACUAAAACCUGAACACAUAUAUGAUGAGGAUAGCACCGGUACUUGUUCUUUUCAUUCAGAGAAAGAAUUGGAUUUAUUUUGUGUGAAUCAUGCAUGUCUUGUGUGUGUGACCUGCGUUGCGUUGGAUCACCGAAAAUGUGAAAACGUAAAGAGUGUGGAAGAUGUAGAGAUGGCAAAGGACCUCGGAAUUGAUCUAGAUAAUUUACUGGGUGGUGUUGAUGAAUGCAUUCAAUACGCGGAUUCUGUCAUUCAAUUCAAAGAUGAAAAUAGGAGGAAACUGAUAAAAGAGAAAGGACAAGUCACAGAGAAGGUGGCUGCGAAAGUGAAAUAUUCCAAGAUCGUUCUGGAUACCCUAGAAUCCCAAGCUCUGCAGCAGAUAGAAAAAGUUCAUCAAGCAGAGAUAAAUCUGCUGGACGAACAGAUAGCGCGCUAUCGAAAAAUGAUGAGUGCCAUGACCUCCAGAAAAGAGAAACUGGAGUCUAGCAUUAGAAGAAACAUUAAGGGGCAUAUACUUUUCCACGCCCCCGCAGCAGAUGAACUGAAGCGAUACACGGAAACAGAAUUUGUGUCCGAUCAAUCUGCUAACAAAGAAAGAUCAUACAAUUACACCUUUUCUUCUGAUUUUGAAGAAAACGUUUUAGCGGAAAAAGCAAUCGGCCGUUUAACUUCCCAUGAAAACAAAAUCAAACUGGCAGAUCCUCCGAAACACAAGUCUUUAUCCAACAGUACCGUAGAGAAAUUGUCUCAAUUCAACGGCAGUAUCUCAUCUGAUCAGAAAGUUUGCAAUUUCACUGGCGCGGUUUACAUGGAUAAUGGAAACAUCGUUCUUGCCGACAAUGAAAAUGGAAGCUUAAAACUGUUCGACCAAGAAGGAAAAUUCAAACACUCUCUAAGCUGUGGUGAUGCAAAAUAUGACGCACCAUGGGAUAUGACCGGUAUUGAUGGUGACCAUAUUGCUGUAACCUUUCCACUUCGAAAAAAGGUUAGAAUUUACAGAGUUCGAGACUCUAUCGCUCCCGUCAGGUACUUUGAAACUUAUGGAGCAUGUCGAGGAAUCGCGUUUCACAAUGGCGGAUUCAUUGUUACAUUCUCCGAAAUGGGGAAAUCCAAAGCGGCCAUCAAGUUUAUCGACAAACGAGGAAAAAUUUCAAAAAUCCUUUAUGGUGAUAAAACCGGAAUCAACAAACUUAAAGGCCCGUACUACAUUUCAUCCUGUCCGGAUGAACGUGGAAGGUUCUUCAUCACCGACAUCCGGCAAAACAUGCUUCUGGUUCUCAACCCUGAUCAAUCCAUGGAACUGGUCCUCCAAGACGAAGUGAACCUUAAAGGUGCUGCCGGUGUAGAGGUGGACAGUGACAAUAAUGUGUAUGUCUGCUGCAAUGGCGCCAGCCUGGUCGUGCGUCUAGUGGAGAAUCUGACUAAACAACAGAUCAUCAUUGGCAAAGUGAAAUACCCCGUCAAACUCUGCUUUAAUCCUCGUCUGAGAAACAUUUUCUUCAUCACGAAUCAAUCAAUUGAUGCCUGUGACACAAUUAUCUUAUACAAUCAAUGCUAGAGAACAUUCCAUGUAAAUCAAAGACAAAACGUUUGGAAGACCAAUCCUAUGGAGCCCGGUGUAAACUUUUGUACAAAAUAUCGACGGUUGUAGGUUUAUUUGCUGUGUUGUUCUAAAACUGUUAAUGUAUCAAUAUGCACAAUGUUUGAUUGUUUGCUGUUUAGUUGUGGGUUUAAGGAUGUUUUGGUUACAUGGUCAAGACAUUUAACCUAACUCAAUCCCAGAAUACCUAAUGUGUGCAAUCAUAUUUUAAAAAGAAAAGCAUUUCCUUUAAAGAUAUUUUUUCGUUUGAAAAUUGUAACGUAAAGUACAUUCAUUCCUUCCAAAACCAGGGAAAGUGUAUUUUCAUUGUUCUGAACCGUUCGAUAAACGAUUCAAGUGAUGUAAGAAGGAUAACUCCAAAAGACUAACGAGCUGUCGGUGUAAAACAGCAAACGUUUGCCUUUAAAUAUACAUUUUGUACUCUCUGGCUUUCUUGUGUAUUGAUUUAGCAACGAAGACACAAUAAUUAUUUUAUGAUUUACUUGAAUAUACAUGAUCAAAUUUAGUAUAAAAUGCUCAGGUGAGAAUAUGACCUCUUGGAGGAACUCAUUACCGCUACACAACCAUAAAUUAAAUUAUCCAUCUCUAGCUAUUUCAGAUGUAUUUUAUACAUGUGCAUUCAUAAGGCGCUGGCUAAUGGUAGCGAUAACGUAGACUAUUUAGACGUGGUAAUGAACAUGUGGUAAUUUUGAGAAUAUGGUGGUAUCUUGAUGCAACUUGGCCUUUUAUGUUAGUAUUUUAUAUGAUUAAUUCAAGACAACAUAAAGAAUAAAAUUAUGA